AGCAACACAAUAAUACAAUUCUCGGCAAUACAGUUUUGUUUCACUAAAACACUUCUUUUCUAUUACAUUAAUACUUUUAGGUCUUCCAAGAUCCAAAUCAAAAAAAUUAAUAGAAUGGGAAGUAAUCAUAUUUGCCUAACCUAUUUUAGCAUAGCGGAAGUUUCGACCAGUAAAUUUACUCUCGUUACUGCUCUUUUGGAUAUUGGCCGAGGAAAUUGGUGGGAAUAUAGACGCACUAUUGAAAAUUAUUAUCAGUAUUUGGACAAUAUUCUUCAUCUCAACGUGGAUCUUGUAAUUUUCCUCGAUGAUAAAAGUGCUGAUUACAUUUACAAACGAAGAAGAGGACUUGGAUUUGAACAGAAAACAAAGAUAAUUCCCAUAUCAUUUUAUGAACUUCCUUUUUACGCAUACAUUCAUAAAGCGGAAGAAAUUAUUAAACGAGAGCAACAGGGAAUAUUUUGGGACUCUAAUUGGGAUGAAACAAUGAAGCAUCAUCCGGAAGGGAAAAGCGCCAUUUACAAUAUUCUAGUCAACUCCAAGCCGUACUUUCUUUAUAAGAUAUCAAUUGAAAAUCCCUUUUCUGCACGUUUUAUGGUUUGGCUUGAUGCAGGCUAUGGUCAUGGUAAUCGAUCUAUAUUUCCAAAAAAUUAUGAAUGGAAGCCAAAAUUUUUGCCCAAUAAAAUUUCACUCAUUCAAGUCACCCCCCCUCACGACAAAAUAUCUAGGUACACAAUGGCAGAUCUGUACCGUAAAAACUGGGCCGUCUUAAGUGGUGGGUUUAUUGCUGGAGAUAUUUAUGCCUUAAACCGCUUUUACGCAUAUUAUUAUCGAGUCUUUGCUGAGAUGAUUAACCAAAACCGCAUUGAUGACGACCAGACAACGAUGGUACUGCUCGUCCAGCAACAUCCACAGCUAUUUAACAUUGUUCACGGUGACUGGUUCGAUGCAUUUAAAUUAUUCUCAUAA